CUGCACAUUAGUAAAUAUCAAGCAACAUGGAAGGUAUACGCGAAAAUCAGUUUGACUCUCACGGUGCAAAUGGAAAUUUAAAGAGCAAGGCGUUGUCGUAUCAGGGGAAGCAUAUUGCACGCGAUACAGUUGUCGAUCAAAUGAAAAAUGAAUGGGCACGGUUUGGAUCCUUUUACAAGCUGCAAGAGAAGAUGGAUGCAAGUUUCGUUAGGUUGGCACAAAGUGGAUUUUUCUACAACGGGGAAAAGGAUUUCAUGCAAUGUUUCAGUUGUGGAGUUAAAAAUAAUGAGUGGCCGAUGGAACUGACUGUCGAUGAAAUACAUAAACAGUUGCAGCCAAAGUGUCCGUUUAUGAAUAAAUUAGACAAGUCUAACAUUCCUAUUCAUCAUAGAGACUGUGAUUCUGAAACGGAAACCCAGAAAAUUCCAGAAGAAUCAGCUAGUGGUGGACCUGACGAUUUAGUCACCGGGCCGGAUAAACACGGGAUUCCCGUUAAAGAUUUUGAAUCUAUAAAUAUCAAACAAAGUUACGAUGCUAUAAAUAUCGCGCAAGCUGGAUUUCCAAAUACAAGCGAAUUGGAGCGUGGAGCAGUCGAUUCAAUAUAUUGCGAGAGACGGGAGACAACUCUUAUACCCCAAAGUUGUGCGAAAUACCCUGACUACGACUCAAAGACUGCUAGAUUGGCCACCUUUAUAAGUUGGGCGUUCUCCCAUAUCAUUACUUCAAAUCUGUUGGCGGAUGCUGGUCUGUUCUACACAGGGGUUGCCGAUUGUGUCCGCUGUUUCUCUUGCGGUGGAGGCAUGCGCAAUUGGGAGGCUGGUGACGAUCCUUGGAUUGAGCAUGCGCGCUGGUUCCCGAACUGCGAGUUCGUGCAGCAAAAGAAGGGGCAGAGUUUCAUCGAUUCAUGUCGACUUGUUGGAGCAUUCGGGGGCUCAGAUGAACAAGAAUACGUCGUCUACUCUAAUUCUCAAGACUUCCCCCAAACGCAAACGCAAUCAAAUACUGACUGUGAUGAAGAUCUACUCAAAGAACUUCAAGAUAUGGGUUUUCCAAGAAGUUCCAUUGACAAUGCCUUAAAUAAUUUACGCAGAAUAAAUUCCGGACCAGUUCAGCCCGAUGAGGCUGUCGAGUACUUGAUUUCCUCUGCUGAAAUCUGCUCACAUCAACCUCUUUCGGAGUAUCACUCGCAGAAGUCCUUAACACCACCCCCUGAGGACGAAGAUCACGAUGAGCACGAACACUCUACUAAAUAUAAGACAGAGGUUCUCAAGAGUGAAGUUCUUCUCAAGGAAAGCGAAGUUAACCCGAAUGAAGUUGCCAAAAAGCUGAAGUAUGAAAACGAGCAAUUGAAGCAGCAAAUGAUGUGCAAAGUAUGCAUGGACAAAGACGCCUGCGUCGUGUUUUUGCCAUGUGGCCACUUGGUGGCUUGUGUAGAAUGCGCAAGUGUGCUGCGAAAGUGUGCCAUAUGUCGCAAAGUCAUAAAAGGGACGGUUCGAGCUUACAUGUCGUAGAAAUUUAGAUCUUGAAAGGUGGUGCGUCGCCAAUAUAAAGGUUGUUUGAAAUGAUGUGCAACAAGAAAGUUAUCGAACUAGUCACGAAAACAAUGUAUAUUUAUUUAUCUAUUUUUGGUGUUACUACCGGAAGUAUUGGACAUAUUUACAAGUGGUUACAUUUUACAUAGUAUAUACCAUAUCGACGAAACACUCAUACAUUAGGGUCACUUGGAAUGUUUUUAUUUAUUUAUUAUUCAUAGUUUUACACAUUUAGACAUCAGCAUCACUUACAGCAUUUAUUUAUUUAUUUUGAAUAUUUUAUUUGUGAUUUCGAUUUUUAAAAAAAAUGUAUGAAUGUUUGUAGUUGUUGACAUUUUUGUACAAUAUUUUGCUUUAUAUGCAUGCGACCAUUUUAUUAAUGCAUGUUCUGUUCUGAAAGGUGCCAUAACCAUAUCAUUUGUCUUAUUUUUAUUUACAUAUUAAUAUCAGCAUUAUUUUGAUGUGCCGUUUUUAUACAAACUAUGUUCACGCUUUUCUUUUAUCGUUUAGCAUAUUUUACUUUGUUAUUAAACCCAUCUACAUGCUACCUCGCACUGCUUAGGGUAGCUUUGCUUCUCAUGUUCAUAUAAUUUAUCAGGAAAUAUUGCUCAAAACAUGUUUUUAAUACGUAAUUAUUGAACGCAUUUAAUUGUUAAUGUUUAAUAUUUUACCCAGCAAUGAUUAAAUAUGAAAGAAAGUGA